UAUGGUUGAAAGCGGCCAGAGAGGUCUAUCAAGAAUAAAAUGUGUUAUAUGCAAUCAAAUUCUCCAUCAAAAGUGUCAUAAAAACCAAAGUCAGUUCAUCUGUGCUCUUCGUGAAACAUUCCUAAAAAACAAAUCAAGAUACCUCAACCAGCAAAGAGUGGAUAAAGAUGAAAAUAUUGUAGCUAUAGGUGAGAAUGGUCCCUCUCAAAAUCAAGAACAGGGGCAUAUUCAUACUUACAUAAAUCAUGAUGAUUGCACAAAAGGUUUAUUAGAUAUGAGCAAAGAAAAUGAAAAUCAUACGACUAUGAAUGAGAGUAAUUUGUCUGAAACUCAAGAACAUAUGCAAAUGGAUGCUAACAUGGAUCAUGAGAAUUAUAACAUAAAUGAAGAAGAAGAAGCAACAUAUGUAGAUAAAGAGUUUCAAGAUUUGCUUGGAGGAAGUUAG